AUGUUUAGGACCGUAUUGCUACUGACCGCUAGCAUGCCACAAUUUCAUUGGUCAUGUACACUGGCAGCCACUCUUCAACCCACACGAGCCGAAGACUUUGUCGAAUCCAUUGGUGUCUGUACUCAAGUCAAGAAGAAAAAACCUGUCGUUACCACUGAAACUGGAUGGCAGCCUCGAUUGGGACCUGUUAUUUAUUGGGUACCAGAAAGUAUUCAAGCCAAAUAUACGUUACGUUCAUUGAUGCUUCAAUGGAUGAGAAGAGUGGAAAGAACCUAUCUCUAUGAAAUGUGUGAUGAUCGAGAAUGUUUUGGUUUACUUUAUUACAACUCGACCACGAACAGUGAGCUCCUAACACCAAAACCUGUGUAUUACUUUUUGAAAAAUAUGAUUUCGGAGUUGGAAGAGAAACCAAGGCAACGUAAAUUUACGCUGAAGGAAUUAACCAUUGAAAUGAAUCCAAACUCGACUACCAACUCGAAAAUUCAACACACGCUAUUCCAGAAGAGUAACGGAAAUUAUUAUUUGGCUAUUUGGCAAGAAACUUUUGGUUGUGAUAAGGGAGUGUUCUUUAAUACGACAUCGCUCACUGUGAAUUUAAAUUUCACACAGUUAAGCAUGUUUAAUGUGUCACUUAUGCGCCUCUACACCUUCGAUACAGCCUCAGGAAGCAUGACCAAUUCUACAGUGCUUUUAUCCAAGAAACAAAGCAAUUUAAUUUCAGCGAAUUUUCAAAUUACAGAUACCAUGACUCGGUUCUCCAAGUGUAAAACCUGUUCCAUCUCGAAGUGGAGGAAAUCAUCCAGAAAGAUCAUUAUCAAAGAUACCACCCAAAGACAAAAGUGA